AUGGUCUCCCUCAAGAACCUUCUCACUGCCGGCCUUCUGGCCUCCUCCGCCGUGGCCGCCCCCCACGGCCACCAGCACCGCCACAUCGAGAAGCGCUCCAGCACCAAGCGCGGAGCCGCCUACAACGAUGCCUCGACCGUGCAAGCCCUCGGCAACACCGGCUCGAUUUCCUGGGCCUAUGACUGGAACAUGUUGGCCUCGGGUACUCUGCCCUCCGGCGUCGAGUUCGUGCCCAUGCUCUGGGGUAGCAAGAUGUUCGGCGGCUGGCUCGCAGCCAUCGAGACGGCUCUCGCCAGUGGCAGCAACUACAUUCUGGGCUUCAACGAGCCCGACAGUAGCGCCCAGUCUGCUAUGUCCCCCUCCGAGGCCGCCCAGGCCUACAAACAGUACAUCACCCCCUACAGCGGCAAGGCCAAGCUGGUUUCCCCCGGUGUCACCAACAGCCCUUCUGCCGGCGAAGGCCUGGACUGGAUGAACAGUUUCCUGCAGUCCUGCACCGACUGCGGUAUCAGCACCCUGGCCGUGCACUGGUACGGUAGCUCCGCUGACGAGUUCAAGACCUUCGUCAACCAAGCCACCUCGUUCGCUUCCGAGAAGGGUCUCGAGAGUGUCUGGAUCACCGAGUUUGCCCUCAGCAGCGACCUCAGCACCGGCGCUUCAUCCAGCGAGUCCGCCCAGUUCCUCAGCGAGGUUCUGCCCUGGUUGGACUCACAGCCCAUGGUCGGUCGCUAUGCCUACUUCAUGUGUGCGGAUAACUACCUGCUCAGCGGAAGUGGUCUCACCUCCACUGGCCAAAUCUAUGCCUCUUAA